AUGGUAACUGAUUUAACAGUAUUAAAGGAAUAUGGUCAAUUCCGUUUGUGGGAUUUUUUGCAAUAUUCACCGCUUGGCAGUCUUAAGAAUCUACAUAUAGACGAUAUGAAAUUUUUUUUAAAAAAAUUAAAUGAAAUAAAAAAUAUAGAAAACGAACAAAAACAAAAAAAAGAAGAAUGUAUGAUGAUACAUGCCCCGAAAAUUGUUGAUAUAGACAAUAUCUAUGAAUGCAAAAAUGUAGAAAAUGGAUGCAUAUUUAUUAAUAUGUAUAAAAAAGAAAAUAUCAUUAGUGAGUUGAAACAUGAAGGUAUAGAAUCUAUUAAAAGAAAUGAAGUUGCUGUUUUAUUUUUAGCAGGUGGUUUAGGUUCAAGGCUUGGAUUGAAUAAGGUAAAAGGGUUGAUAGAAGUUACUCCUUUAUUAAAUAAAACAUUUUUUCAAUUUUAUUUUGAGAAGAUUAAAUUUUUAGAGGAAUAUUGUUCUUUAUCUGAUUCGUUGGUGGCAUCUAAUAAUUUACAACAUGCGUAUAAGUACUGCCAGUGUAAAAUUCAUAGCAAUGCGCACAGUAACAAAAAUAAUAGCAAUCAUGAUGCCAUUUAUGCCAGUUACAAUGGUAUCACCAAGUGUGUACCUUGCUUGAAAGCUUUUUUUUUAGAAGAUAAAAAAGGGGAAACAAAAAUAAUGAAUUCAAAUGAAGUAAAAGCACAAAAAAAGAAUGUUACAAUUUAUACAUACAUUAUGACAUCUAACUAUACGCACGAUAUAACAGUUAAAUACUUAGAAGAGAAUAACUUCUUUAAUUUAAAAAAAGAAAAUAUAAAAUUCUUUAAACAGUGUGAUAAUUAUAGUACAGAUAUAAAUUUUAAUAUACUUUUAGCAAACCCCAAUGAGCUAUUAACAGUCCCAAGUGGCAAUGGAUCUAUAUUUAAAGCACUGGAUAAAAAUUGCAUAAUAGACGAUAUGAUAAAAAAUAAUAUAAAGUAUGUUCAAAUUGUAAGUAUUGAUAAUGUGUUAAAUAAAAUAGCGGAUCCUGUAUUAGUUGGUUUCUGCUCGUUUUUUAAAUGUGAUAUUGCUAAUAAAGCGGUUAAAAAAAAAGAGCAUGAAUCAAUGGGUAUAUUUUGCACAAAGGAGAAAAUAAAAAAAAAAAAAAAAAAAAAAUCAUGUGAUACAUAUAAUAACACAUUUUCUGUAUGUGAAUAUACAGAAUUAAGUGAUUAUUUGUUAAAUAAUUCAGAAUUAUUUCAAUAUGGAAAUAUGUGUCAUCAUAUAUUUUCACUCGACUUCUUACAACACAUUGUUCAGAAUAAAAUAUACGAAAAAAUGAAAUUACAUAAAAUAUUGAGGAAGAAACAAUUUUACGAUUUUACUGUAAACAAUAAAGAAAAAAGCGCAUUUAUUACGUCCAAUGUGUACUGCUAUGAGUAUUUUAUUUUCGAUGUUUUUAAAUAUGCCAGGAAAAUUUUAUCAUUUGAAAUUUCUCGCCAAGACGAAUUUAGUCCAAUAAAAAAAAAGAUAAAUAAGAGUAAUAACAACAGUGAUGGUAAUAAUAGUGGUACUAAUGAUGGCACUAAUAUAGAAAGUAAUAAUGGUAGUAAUAAUGAUUGUGGAGACGAUAUAAUGAGCGCACAAAAAAAUUUAAGUAAUUUACACAAAUCUUGGCUUUUAAAUAAAAAUUACAAUAUAAUUGACAACUCCGAAAACGCACUUAACUUUUGUGAAAUAUCUCCUCUUGUGUCUUAUGAUGGAACAUUUUUUUUUAAUUUACCUGAACAAAAAAAUAUAUAUUUGCCAUAUACUCUUAAUAGGCAUCCUACCUGA